AUGGUCAGUGAAGCAAUCAAAGAGCAAAUUUUGCAGAGAAAGAAACAACUUAAACAAAAAGUGGCUGGAAAACUGCUGGGGAAAGCAGUGAAAAAUAAACUUUCUAAGGUACCAAAAUCAACAAAAUCAGCAAAAUCAGAGAAAGGUCGUGAAGUUGAUGCUGGAAACUUGAAUUGGAAGCCAGUUGAGAUUCCAGACACUCUGGACGAUUAUGAGGGAUUUUACGGACUAGAAGAAAUUGAUGGAGUUGAUGUGAAGAUAGUUGAUGGACAGGUUAAAUUUAUUACCAAAAGUGAUUCACAGACAAUAACUACGGAAGAAGCAAAGGAAAAAGAAAAUGCACUUCCAGAGGGAGAAUUUGAAAUUGAUCCUGAAGAUAUACCUGAAGAGGGUGUAGAAAAAGCAGAAACUGUCCUUGAGGAAGAGGAGGUUGGUCCACAAGAAGAGAGUGAAGACUUAGAGGUUGAAAAGGGGGAUACCCUGUUGGCAGCGACAGAUGUACGGGAAAAACAAGUAGCUGGCGAACAAAAGGCAAACCCUGGAGAGGUUGGGAAUAAGGUAGAGAUGACGAAAAAGAAACAUAUUCAAGUGACUCAUCUUAUUGCUUCAAAAGACGAAAAUGACGAAGAAAACGUUCCCUUGUUACCUGGUUUACCAUCAAAUGAUUUAUCAGAAGAGCCAAUUGGAAAAGAAAAAGCGGUAAAUGAUGAUACAUUAAAAGCAAAUACAUUUUCAAAGGCAGCAAACCUUGAACUCAUUGAGGAUGCUGAUUUACCAGAUUGGUCUGAUAUCAGUCUAUCUGCGUCUACAUUAAAUGGAUUAGAAAAAUUGGGUUUCAAGACCCCAACUGAGAUUCAGAAAAGAAGUAUCCCUGUUUCGCUAGAGGGCAAAGACGUCAUUGGUAAGGCCAUAACUGGUUCAGGUAAGACACUGGCAUAUGGGAUUCCAAUAUUGGAAAAAGCUAUAGCUGAUGAAUAUAAAAACAGACUUUUACCAGAAGAACUAAGAAAACAUCCAACAGCAUUAAUUUUCACUCCAACAAGAGAGUUAGCUAAUCAAGUCAUGAAACAUCUGAGUGAUUUAUUCAAAUACUCUCCUUUCAGCGACAAAACUAUUAUUUCGUUAACGGGUGGGUUAUCGAUCCAAAAGCAAGAACGUUUAUUAUCAUAUGGUCCGAGAGUAUUGGUAGCAACUCCUGGUCGUUGCUUGGAACUAUUGGAAAAAUCCACUUCUUUGGCUAAGCAAAUUGCGUCUAUUGAUAUUUUAGUUUUAGAUGAAGCUGAUAGGAUGUUACAAGAUGGUCAUUUUGAAGAACUAAAGAAAAUCUUGGAAAUCUUGCAUAAUUACAGACCAAAAGGUAUCCAAGCAUUCCAAAAGAGAUGGCAGUCAUUGGUUUUUUCUGCGACUUUUUCAACUGAAUUAUUUGGUAAACUAUCGAGCCAUACUAAGAAACCGCAAUCAAAAAAACGUAAGCAUGACGAAGACUCGGAUGAUGCUGAAAUGAAAGAGGUUCUGCGUAUUCUCGGACAGAAACUAAGAUUUAGAGGUAAGCCUGAGUUUGUAGAUGUCAAUCCUACCGAAGUUGUUGCUAACAGAAUUACUGAAGCCAUGAUUCCAUGUGCUCCUAUGGAAAGAGAUUUAAUGUUAUAUUACUUUAUCUCGAUUUUCCCCGGAACUACAUUAGUUUUCACCAACUCGAUCGACUCUGUCAAAAGGCUGGCACCAAUGUUGAACAAUUUAGGUGUCCCUACAGUUUCAAUCCAUUCCUCUAUGAUUCAAAAGCAGCGGUUAAGAGCAUUAGAAAGAUUUAGUAGAAACUCUGAGAUGGCAAAAAAGCAAGGAAAAUCAUCAGUGCUAAUAGCAUCCGACGUUGCUGCUCGUGGGUUGGAUAUUGAUAACAUUCAGCAUGUUGUUCACUACCAUCUACCAAGAACUGCAGAUACAUAUGUCCAUAGGUCUGGUAGAACUGCACGUGCUGGAAAAGAAGGUGUUUCGAUUAUACUGUGCUCACCACAGGAAGCAUCAGGGCCAUUGAGGAAAUUGAGAAUGGCUGUGACCAAGAAUGAGAAGGUUAGAGAUUUGAAAUGUGUUCCAAUUGACACUGAUAUAUUGGACCAGCUAAAGGAGAGAUUGGAUUUAAGUGCUAAAAUUGCUCAGGCAGAAGUUUCUUCACAAAGUUCCAACAAGGAAAAGAGCUGGAUAGAAAAGGCCGCUGAAGAUUUAGGUGUCGAUGACAUUGAUGAUUUUGAAGAUGAUUUCUUGAAGAGAGAUAGAAAAAGAAGAGAAGGUAAAGAAUUAGAUAGGCAAAGUCUAAAGGUUUACAAGGCACAAUUGAGAGACCUAUUGAAAGUACCAAUCAGGAAAUCUGGUAGAAGAUCGUACAUUGCUGGAGGUUUAAAUAAUAUAGCAAAAUUGUUACUUGAUAAUGAGGGAAGUGAUAGUGUGAUGGGAUAUUUACAGCAAGAUGCACUUGCCCUGUUGAAAGACAAGAAACAGAAGAAACAAAAAGUAUGA